UGACAAGGAGUUUCGUUCGACUCAAGAAGUAGUGAUUUAUGAGUUUGAAAGGGUUUUAGAGAGGUUUGCCAAAACCAAACAUUAACAUCGUCUCUGUAUGUUGAGUCUUCGACCACCACAACGUUUGAUUCCAACCCAACUUUCACACCAUCUCCUUUCUCUCUCAGCUCACAAAUGGAACUCCACUCACAAAUCAGUUCAAGCAAACCCACUUCUCUCCCUACUAGAAUCAUCCAAAUCCAUGUCCCACUUGAAGCAAAUCCAAACUCAGAUGAUCAUUUCCGGCUUCAUCUCAGACGGCCUCGCUGCCAGCCGCCUCAUUGCCUUUUGUGCUCUUUCAGAGUGCCGAAAUCUCAACUAUGCUACCCAGAUUUUACGCAAUGUCCACAACCCAAACUCCUUCUGUUGGAAUGUGAUCAUCCGAGGGUUUUCGGAGAGCGGAAACCCGAGAGGAGCUGUUUUAAUGUUCAUGGACAUGUUGAGAAAUGGAGGGCCGAGGCCGGAUAACUAUACUUUCCCGAUAGUACUAGGAGUCUGCUCUGGUUUGCUAUGGAAGGUUAUGGGACGUGUGAUACUUGGGCUUGUGUUCAAAGUUGGGUUGGAUUGUGAUAGGGAUUGUGAUAGAUUUGUUACCAAUUCGACGAUUCAUAUGUUUGUGACAUGCAGGGAGUUAGGGGAUGCGAGGAAGGUGUUUGAUGAAAGUGCUGUGAGAGAUUUGGUGUCUUGGAUUUUGAUUCAUGGGGAUGUAAGAAGUGGGUUGGCACGUGAGGCGUUGCGGGUUUAUGAGGAAAUGGUGGUGGAGAGGGUUGAGCCGAAUCGAGUGACAAUGAUUGGGGUGGUGUCUUUGUUUGAGGACUUGAGCCUUGGGAGGAAGUUUCAUCUGUUUCAAGAGAAUGGAGUAGAGUUGACGACUUCUCUUGCCAAUGCACUUAUGGACAUGUACGCCAAGUGUGGGGAUCUUGAGGCAGUUCAAGCAUUAUUUGACAACAUGAAAGAGAAGACUAUCGUGUCAUGGACAACGAUGGUAGUGGGAUAUGCCAAACAUGGGCUUUUGGAGGUUGCUCACCGCCUUUUGUACUCGGUACCAGAGAGGAAUGUUAUGCCAUGGAAUGCAAUGAUUAGUGGAUAUGUACAAGCUCGACGUAGCAAGGAGGCGUUGGCCCUGUUUAAUGAAAUGCGAGCUAUGAGCGUAAAUCCGGAUGAAAUAACCAUGCUCUGCUGCUUAUCUGCAUGCUCACAACUUGGAGCAGUUGAUGUUGGAAUAUGGGUUCACCACUAUAUUGAAAAACACGGUCUUCUGCUCAACGUUGCCCUAGGGACUGCCCUUGUUGACAUGUAUGCUAAGUGUGGGAACAUCAAAAAAGCUCUCAAUAUUUUCUCGGACAUGCCAGGAAAGAAUUGUUUCACUUGGACAUCCAUAAUUUGUGGUUUAGCCCUUAAAGGACAUGCACAAGAUGCUAUAUCGUACUUUGAAGAGAUGAUAAAUACUGGAUUGAAGCCCGAUGAGAUCACAUUUCUUGGGGUAUUAUCUGCAUGUCGCCAUGGAGGUUUGGUUGAAGAAGGCCGAAAGUAUUUCUCCUUGAUGGAAAAUAAAUUCAGUAUCUCCCCAAAACUUAAACAUUACUCUUGCAUGGUGGACCUUCUAGGUAGGGCUGGAGAGCAAUAUUGGAUUUCUCAAGUCUUUUCCUUGCUAUCCAGCCCAUCAGUGUAG